UAUAGACCGUCUUUACUGGCGUAUGUUCCUGCUAACUGAUACAAGAAUAAUGGAACGAGUUUUUGAUUUUGGAGGUGAUGUCGAGAAGGUUUUUCCCAGCUAUUCUUCGACCAAACGUGACGAUUCUAGAAUGAGUCCAUCAAAGGGAAAGGGUCUAUCGCAAAGUUCGUCAGUGGAUUCGCUGGAGUAUAUGGAGAGUGGGUACAACUCAGUAGACUCUCAAUAUAUCGACCAAACUUUGUGUCCACCAAGCUCAGGAGACAGCGGACAGGACAGUGCACAAGACAGCUUGGAAGAUAGCUUUAACAGUAACUGUGAUGACACUGCUAUGAUAAUGGCGGGAAGGAACCUCGUUUGUAUCUCUACUCCUAUUAGAGAUGUAUCCUUCAUUAAACUGCUUGACCUCAGCUACAACAGUUUACAAACGCUUAAUGGGAUUCACAUCUACAAUAAAGUAGAGGAACUUAUCCUAGACAACAACGGGGUGACCCAACUCUCCUUACCUCCCAUGAUCAACUUGAGCUCACUCAGUGUAAACAACAACAAUCUAGACGACUUGCAACAAAUUCUCAGCAACCUCGGAAUUGCAGCCCCCCAGUUGACGUAUCUGAGUAUGUUGUGUAACCCACUGUGCCCAAACGAGCUCAUGUCUGGAGAUGAAGAUGAUUAUCAGAUGUACAGAUACCACGUGAUAAGCCGCCUGAAUAAUCUGAAGUUCCUCGACUCUAGACCCGUUACAUCAAAAGAAAGAGCUGAUUCUGAGCGAUACAAGUCAUUUAACGGAAUCGUUCGAGCAACAGAUCAGAACAUCAAAGAAGAAGAGUUAUUUUGCUGCCGUGGAACCCCCCUGAAAGAAGCCAAACUUCUGAAACCCAACCACAAGCGAACCAGCGUGGCUGGGAAGCUGAGGAAGAGAUACGUCGGGAAAAAUAGCGAAGGAAACAGGUUCAUUGGAAAUGAAUCUUUGUAGAUAUUGAACCUUACUUGUUUGGGAUUUUAACAAAUCCAGAGAACAUUAAGAGAAGUGUGUCCUGCUGAUUAGUCAAGCUCUUAUCUCUGUAAUUCCAGUUUACACAUAGCACCAGAUAACCUUGUAUACUCCGGGAAUAUAUAGGUGUUCUGUGUUGUAUGUUGAAUUAGUACGAGAUCGGUCAGAUUGAUUUACGAAAUGUUAAAGCAGACAGGAAGACUGAAUUUAAAAGUCAGUGUUGCAGAGCAGAGAUUGCAAAGAAUCUGUAUUGGUGAAUGAACUUUUAGAAUUAUUGCGUGAAGUUAGUAGAUACUACUACUAAUCCGAGUAUUGAGUGAAAAGUUACAACUUUUCUUUUAUUCCAAUGGUAAGAAAGUCGACACUUUCGUUUUGGGAGAUCUGUUUAGAUAUUGUUAUUUUAUUACAGGGGCAUAUUCAUCACAUGACACCCUCCUGAACUAUACAAUAUACAGUAUACAUUAUACAUUAGUUUACUAUCCUACCUUCCGUUUUGGAGUUUCAAAAUUUGUCCCACCGGCCACCUGUAGAUAACACAUUUGAAGAUUUUAAAAAAUUAUGCCUGAUCAUUCUUAUCUGAAUAUUGCAUUUAUUUUUGAUACGUCUUGUGUUAUUUAGCGAAUGUUUUUCGCGAUGUAUCUUUUAAAUUGUAUGUUAGAAUAGCAUAAUUACCUCAUAAUAUACAUUGACCUUAUCAGAUUAAAUGAGAAUUUUUGACGAAAAUUCGAUUGAAUGAAGUUUAAAUGAAACUUAUUCAGCGUUAUAAGUUUAACAUAUAAAAUGUUAUCAACAAUAUAAUAUUUGUUAUUCUCGAUAGAAUUUUUAUCGUGCAUGUCGCUAUGUGUAUAAUUGCAAUGGAUUGUUUGUUUUUAUAACAAACUCCUACACAAUAGCAAACAUUCAGUGAA